UGCAACGGGGACGUAACGAAAGUUGUGCUGCGUUUGAAAGCGGCAUGCUUGCAGCAAGCGUAGACGAACAGCGGAUAACUCGAGAACGGAUGCCUCUACAGUAGAUCGCGAUUUUUCAUCUUGAGAAAAGUGGUUGAUUUUUAUUAUGUCCCGCAAUUUGAACAUUACCUCUUGAAACCACGGAGUGUGGUGCAACCCUAAAACCAUGAUUUGGACUAUUUUGAUAUCUUAUUGUGCCACUUUUGUUUUCGGAAACAAGACUGGCGAACGGAUACCUUUCUUUCACGGACAUGUAUUCGAAAACUCUCCACCUGGCUCCAAAGUGAACGGUCUGAAUAUCCCUGUGAAGCGCGUUGACGCGCAGAGAUGGUGCUCCAAGACGGGCAUGCAUCUGAAACUCCUAGGAAACGGCAGUGAAGAUUUCCACGUUUUCGCCCACCACAAACGCGGACACAUAUUGCUGAAAACCUCUAACAUUCUGGACAGAGAGGUGCGCGCCGAGUAUUUCCUCAGUGUGGGGCUUUGCUGCCAGAGCUGUGUCUCAGCCGAGCGUGUCGUAGCCGAAGUAGCAUCCAUCAAAGUGGAUGUGCUCGAUACUAACGACCAUGAACCCACUUUUCGCCAUGCGGAUGUCAAAAUAACUUUAGACGACGCCACCGCCUUGAGGUCGGUAGUUUAUAAAGUCACAGCGGAAGAUACGGAUAGUGGCAAAAACGCCGAGCUGAUAUAUUAUGCUCUCCCAAAAAACGGGAGUUUUUACGUUGUACCCAAAACAGGUGACAUUCUCCUUGUUGACUCCAUACUCGGGCUUGCUUCACCAAUAAAGUUUAGUGUCUUUGCAAGAGACCACGGUUGGCCCUCUCGCACUAGUCAUAACAUGGAGAUCGAGAUCAACCCGAGGCAAUGGCCAGCGGUUCCACCACCGUCUCUGCCAUCCCAGCUGAGCCUGUCUCAGAGCGGACUCCCGAGAAAGUCCCGCUCCGUACUGGAGCCUGACAAACCUUUAGUCAUCAGCGUGUCCGAAGAUGCCAGCAUUGGCUCGGUGAUAAUGAACCUUAACCCGGUCAGAUUUCAGUCGGCGAGUUUUGAGUUGGUUUACCCUGAUGCGGAAAGCUCUCCGGUCACCGUUAAUCGAGACAGCGGGGAUUUGGUUAUAUCGAGGAGCCUUGACCGAGAGACAGAGCCCUUAGUGGAGAUUACCGUAAAAGUCCAAGAUAAAAGAGGGCCAGACUGGUACUUGGUCAGGGUGGAGCUGACAGCACUGGACGUCAAUGACAACGCUCCGGAAUGGAGCAUGGUGCCCUUCCCUUUCCUGGCUGUGGUGAACCCCAUGGCCCCAUCUAACUCACUGGUCUACAAGCUCCAAGCCAGGGAUGGAGACGAGGGCCCCAACGGGGAAGUGGAGUACUUUCUGUCCGAUGGGGGGGACGGACGGUUCGAUGUGGACAGGAAGACAGGUCAUGUGCGCACCACAGGCCUGCCUCUGCAGAGGGACAGAGAGUACCUGCUGACCGUAGUGGCUGCAGACAGGAUGGGGAGCCGUAGUCCAUCUGCCGUGCUCUCCGUGGUGGCUGGACCCAGGGCUCCGCAGUUUACCAACGCCUCGUACACAAUCUCCAUCCCAGAAAAUACACAGGCAGGACAACCCUUCCUGGUCACGCCGGCACUGUCCUUCCAGAAGCGGCCCGUCAGCUACAGCCUGCUGAUCAACCCCAGCAGCCUGUUUGCCAUCCAGCCGGAGACGGGCGAGAUCAGCCUGACGCGUGCCGUGGACUAUGAGGCUGACCAGCACCGCUACCUGCUGCUGGUCAGGGCCAGCGAGGCUGAGGGCAGCCUUAGCAGCGCUACAGAGGUGCGUGUCAUCAUCCUGGAUGAGAAUGAUUGCGUUCCCGAGUUCCUGCAGUCCAUCUAUAGCAAAGAUGGAAUCCCCGAGACCGUAACUACAGCAACGUCUCUCCUUCAGGUGUCGGCCACUGAUUGUGACUCGGGGCAGAAUGCAGACAUCACCUACUACACGCUCGGCUCCGGCUUCAUCAUCUCCCCCCACGGCACAGUCUUCCCUGCCGGACCUCUAGACUAUGAGCGGCCCAACCACCUGUACGAGUUCGUGGUGAUGGCGGUGGAUAAGGGGGAGGUGCCUCGCACAGGAACAGCUACGGUGCGCCUGCGUUUGGCCAACGUCAACGACGAAGCGCCAGAGUUCUCACAGCCUGUAUAUCGUACUUUUGUAUCAGAAGAUGCUGGACCCAAUACCUUAGUUGCAACGGUGCUUGCUAAGGACCCAGAUGGUGAUGGGAUCACAUACAAAAUCUCAUCAGGCAAUGAAGAAGGCAACUUUGUCAUUGACAGUCAGAAAGGGCUGAUCCGUCUCCGCUCCACCCCCCCACCCAAACUGCAGGGGGUGGAAUACAUCCUGAACAUCACAGCGAUGGAUGACAACACCUCCGGUGGACCCCAGUCCCUCUCAGCCACUGCCCAGGUCAUUGUGGGAGUGGACGAUGUCAACAACAACAAGCCUAUAUUUGAGAAGUGUCAGCGGUAUAAGGAGAGGGCGUCUGUUCCUGAGAAUAAACCGGCAGGGACGGUGGUGCUACAGGUGUACGCGGUCGACGCAGACGAGGGAGCCAAUGGGAAAGUGACGUAUGGCUUCAUGCACAGAGACAGCGCGGUGCCUGCUUUCAACAUCGACCCUGACACGGGUGUGAUCGUGACAGCAAGGAAGUUUGAUAGGGAGCGUCAGAGGGAGUAUGCGGUGACGGUCACGGCCACAGACCAGGCGGCCGAGCCCCUCAUCGGCAUCUGCCAGCUGAAUAUUAUCAUACUCGACGAGAAUGACAACAGCCCAAAGUUUGAAACCCUGCGCUAUGAGUACUUCUUGCGGGAGGACACCAUGAUUGGCACCAGCUUCCUGCGUGUGGCGGCGCAUGACGAUGACUACAGCACCAAUGCAGCCAUCACCUACUCCAUGUCUAAGGAACAGCCGGAAUACCUGCAUGUCAACCCCGUGACGGGCUGGGUUUAUGUCAACCAGCCCAUCUCUCAGAGGACCUACAUCACCAGAGAGAUCAUAGCCACAGAUGGAGGGAACAGGAGCAGCUCCGUGGAGUUGUCCGUCACCAUCACCAACGUGAAAAACCAGCCGCCGCAGUGGGAGAGGGACAGCUACGAGGUGGUCAUACCGGAGAACACGGUCAGGGACACGCCCAUAGUGACGGUCAAAGCCACAUCUCCGCUGGGCGACCCCAGGGUGACCUACAACCUGGAGGAUGGCAUGGUCCCAGAGACCAAUAUGCCCGUGCGCUUCUACCUGACGCCCAACCGGGAGGACGGCUCUGCCUCCAUCCUGGUGGCCGAGCCCCUGGACUACGAAACCACGUGGCACUUCACGCUCAGGGUGCGCGCCCAGAAUGUUGCUGCAGUGCCUUUAGCUGCUUUCACCACUGUGCAUGUCAACCUCACAGAUGUGAAUGACAAUGUUCCUUUCUUCACCUCUUCUAUCUACGAGGCCUCGGUGAUGGAGGGGGCGGAAGUUGGGACGUUGGUUCUCCAAGUGUCAGCCAAUGACCUUGAUCUGGGACUAAAUGGAAAGAUCUCCUACUCCUUGCUGAACGACCGCAGCGGAGACUACCAAUUCUUCCGCAUUGAUCCAGGACUUGGCUCCAUAUACACAGAGGCAGUGUUCGACCGGGAGACCAAGGGCUCCUACCUGCUGGAAGUGAAAUCCGUGGACAGCUGGGAAUCUGCCAGGCCUGGAAGGCACGGGCAGCCCAAUUCAGACACUGCAUACGUGCGGAUCUUCAUCAGCGACGUGAAUGACAACAGGCCAGCGUUUGCACAGGACGUGUAUGAGGUGGACGUGGACGAGGACGCUGAUGUGGGGUCCACUGUCCUCACCGUCAGCGCGAACGAUGGGGACGAGGGUGCCAAUGCCAAGUUGCGCUACCAGAUCACGUCUGGCAACAUGGGUGGUGUUUUUGACGUGGAGCCCGAGGUGGGCACCAUCUUUGUGGCACAGCCGCUGGACUACGAGCAAACAAAGCGCUACAGGCUGCAUGUGCUGGCCUCCGACGGCAAGUGGGAGGACUACGCUGUCGUGGCGGUCAACGUGGUGAACCGCAAUGACGAGGCACCCGUCUUCACCGUCAACGAAUACUAUGGCAGUGUGACAGAGGAGCUGGAUGGCUCACCUGUCUUCGUGCUUCAGGUAACAGCGUCUGACCCAGAUAAGGAUGCUGACCAGGAGGCUCUGCGUUACUCUCUGCAUGGCCAGGGCGCUGAGAGUGAGUUCAUGAUUGAUGAGGCAACAGGGAAGAUCUACGCGCAGAGGACGCUGGACAGGGAGGCCCGGGCCGUGUGGCGUUUUGUGGUCUUGGCCACCGACGAGGGCGGUGAAGGGCUGACUGGGUUCACCGAUGUCAUCAUCAGCGUGUGGGACAUCAAUGACAACGCUCCGGUCUUUGGAUGUGCACCAGACAGCUGCCAUGGAAGCGUGGCGGAGAACUCACCACCUGGCACGUCCGUGAUGGAGUUGACUGCCACGGACCUGGAUGAUACGGCCGUGGGGCAGAAUGCCGUGCUGGCCUACAGGAUUGUGGGUAACACAGUCCUUAGCGGAGGCAGCAGUAUUGUGGACAUGUUCACCAUCAAUGGCGCCACAGGGACGGUCUCUGUCGCCGCGGCAGGCCUUGACAGGGAGAAGACAGAGUCGUACCUUCUGGUGGUGGAAGCCAGGGACGGAGGUGGCAUGAUGGGCACAGCAACGGCCACCAUCAGCGUGAUGGACAUCAAUGACCACGCCCCCCACUUCUUGGAGCGCUCGUGUGAGGCACGGAUCCCCGAGAGCAGCGAGCCCAACACCGCUGUGCUGGAGCUGGCCGCCGAGGACGCGGACGCUGGUGAGAAUGGUCAGCUGACCUUCAGCAUAGUGGCCGGUGACCCAGAGCAGAAGUUCUACAUGGUGAGUCACCGACAAGAGCAGCGGGGCACCCUGCGACUGAAGAAGCGUCUGGACUACGAGCGGCCGGGCGAGCAGAAGUUCAACCUGACCAUUAAGGUGGAGGACUUGGAGUAUUCCAGCCUGCUGCAUUGCACUUUGGAUGUAGAGGACUACAAUGACCACGCUCCGGUCUUUAUCCCUCACUUCCUGCAGCUCCCAGCCCUGAGAGAAGACAUCCCCGUUGGCUCAAGUGUGGCCAUGGUAGCUGCCAGUGACUCAGACUCUGGCUCAAAUCGUGAGAUCACCUACAGCAUAGCCCCUGAGUCAGACCCCCAUAGCCUGUUUUUGGUGGACCAGACUGGGCUGGUCACUGUGGCUAGGCAGCUGGACCGGGAGGAAGCAUCCCAGCAUCACCUGGUCAUACUUGCAACAGAUCAUGGGGAUCCCCCUCUCACGGGCACUGCCACCAUUCAAAUGUCCCUGCUGGAUGUGAAUGACAACGGGCCGGAGUUCGAGGCUGCAUAUGCCCCUGUGGUGUGGGAGAACGUUCCUGGGCCACAGGUGGUGCAUCUCAAUGCAAGCUCCACCCUGCUGAGAGCCAUCGACCGAGACUCUGCAGAGAAUGGCUCGCCCUUCUCGUUCUCUGUCCCUCCCGAGUACCGUUACAGCAACGACUUUCUCCUGCGGGAGAACGGAAAUGACACAGCCACCGUUACAGCGCUUAGGGCCUUUGACAGGGAGCGGCAAAAGGAGUUCCUGCUUCCCGUCAUCAUGACUGAUAGCGGAAAGCCACCCCAGACAGUCACCAGCACACUCACCAUCACCAUUGGUGACAAAAAUGACCACGCCCAUAUUGCUGGAGAAAAGAAAAUAUACAUCAAUACUCACAGAGGGAGGAUGCCAACGACUGUUCUGGGGAAGGUGUAUGCUCCAGAUCCUGAUGACUGGGACAACAAAACAUAUUCCUUCGAGGGACAUGCUCCUAAUCACUUCCUCCUGAACAAGCGCACGGGCUUCCUGGUCAUCAAGGAGAUUGCCCCGCCUGGCGUGUACGACUUCAGGGUGCGUGUGGCAGACGGAGAGUGGCCGGAUGCCGUCUCCACCGUGAGCGUGCACGUGCGGGAGCUGCGCGAUGAUGUCAUCCAUAACUCCGCCUCCCUUCGCUUUGCAGAUAUCACUGCUAAGGAGUUCAUGGAACAGCGAGGGGGUAUUCGCAGUAGGUAUGAGCUGCUGAGAGACUUCCUGUCUGAGAUGCUCUCCGUGGGGACAGACGACGUGAACGUCUUCAGCCUGGUGGAGGUGCGGGACAGGACCCUGGAUGUGCGCUUCAAUGUGCACGGCUCCCUCUUCCUGCGGCCAGAGAGGCUGCACGGAUACCUCGCCGCUCAUAAACAGAAGCUGCAGUCCUUCCUGCAGGUCAAUGUCACCCAGGUGCACGUGGACGAGUGUGCGUCAACGCCCUGCGGAGGAGAGGCUGGCUGCACCACCCACCUGAGUGUCAGCGACAAGCCCACGGUGGUGGACUCGGGCAGCAUGGCCCUAGUGUCAGUCACGCUGAAGGCCACGGCCGUGUGUGCCUGCUCGGCCAGAGAGCACCUCCACCAGGGCUGUUCCACUUACCCCCGUAACCCCUGCCACAACGGAGGAGUGUGUGUGGACACCCAGAGCGGAUUCAGAUGUCAGUGCCCGGCGCAGUUCGAGGGACCUGAGUGCCAGCAGACCAAGCACAGUUUCCAUGGCAACGGCUAUGCCUGGUUCUCUCCCAUAAGGCCGUGCUUCGAGAGCCACCUCACAUUGGAGUUCAUCACGGAGGUGGCAGAUGGCCUGCUGCUUUACAGCGGACCCCUUGCCCAGCUCCAGCCGUGGGAGCCUGAGGACUUCAUGGCGAUAGAGCUGAUCGACGGCACUCCCACCCUGAAGAUAAACCAUGGCUCGGGCACUCUGGUCCUGCAGUUGCCGGGCAACGUGAAUGUGGCGGACAGACGGUGGCACAGACUGGACGUGAGGAGCAACAGCAAGGACGUGGGGUUCACCCUAGACCGCUGCACUGGGGCCACCGUCAUGGAGAUGGAGGGAGUUGGCAGCUGGCUGACCACCGAGGACCACACUUCCUGUGAGGUCACAGGUGUCACGCCAAACCUGGACAGGCAUCUAAACGUGACCCAGGUUCUCCAGCUGGGAGGCGUGAAUGAGAACCUGCCCUACAUCUACCCUCAGCUUCAGCACAAGCACUUCACUGGCUGCAUCCGCAACCUCAUCGUGGACAGCAAGGUGUAUGACCUGGGCUCUCCAGCAGACUCCUCUGCCAGCACUCCCGGAUGCCUGAUGACAGACAGCAGCUGUGUGAACAUGGGCUUCCCCUCCUGCGGCACCAGGGGGCGCUGUCAUGGCGAGUGGGGCUCAUUCAGCUGCCAAUGCGUUGCCGGUUAUGCCGGACACCAGUGCGAGCAGGAGCUCCCAGAGUACUCGUUCGACGGGAGGAGCCACGUGCAGUACCAGCUUACUGGGCCGCUCCCCGCCAGGUACACGCAGGUGCAGGUCUUGAUCCGAACCCGCAAGCACAGCAGUUCCAUCCUCAGCCUCCUGUCAGCCCAGCAGAGCGAGUACCUCCGACUGGAGAUCUUUCAGGGUUUGUUGACAGCUUUCUACAAUCUGGGUGACGGUGACUUCAACCUGACCACGCCCUCCCACCGUCUGGACAACGGCGAGUGGCACGAGGUACACCUGGAUCGCCACGACAACGAGGUGACCCUGCGCGUGGAUGGCGGCGGCGGGCGCCGUGAGGUCACCGGCUCGCCAGGCCACAGUCGCGAGAUCGUCGUCGACACGUCCAUGGUGAUGCUGGGAAAUUCGUUCCCCUUGGCGCACAAUAAGAGCUUUCAAGGAUGCAUGCGGGAUCUGAGACUGAAUGGCCGCUCCAUGCCCCUGGAGGUUCAGGCGGGUGAUGGCGUGAAGGUGAUCAGCUCUCUGGGGGUCACGCCGGGCUGCUCCUCAGACUCAUGCAGGAGGAACCAGUGCACUCCUCCAUUCACUUGUGUAGACCUGUGGAGGGUCCAUGAGUGCAGGUGUCCUCCGGGUCACAUAGUCAAGGCCAACGCCACGGGCAAGUACUGCAUGUACACGCUCUGCGCCAGCCACCCAUGCCACCGGGGCACCUGCGUGGCGCAGUCGCCCUCCAAGUUCACGUGCCACUGCCCGGAGGGCUACCGAGGGCACCGCUGUGAGCUCACACUCGCCGUCUACCGCGAUGACGUCGGCCUCAGCUUCAGCUCUCUCUUCGCCAUAUGCAUCUGCUUCAUGGCGUUGCUAGUCCUCCUGCUGGGCAUCUUCCUGUACACGCGCUGGCGGAGCUACAAGGGUCUGAAGGAGGGUGUGUACCACGUGUCGGCGCACCACGAUGGCUGGGAGGACAUCCGCGAGAACGUGCUCAACUACGACGAGGAGGGUGGCGGCGAGGAGGACCAGAAUGCUUAUGACAUGGCAGAACUUCAGAAGUCCCUGCAGCCCAGCCCGGCCCAGUCAGUGCAGUACAGCCGCACUCGGGCCACCCGCCACCAACCUCCCACUCAGCAGCCGCAGCAGCACCUCCUCCACCAAGCCGAGGCCCCGUGCCGCGCCCCGACCGCCGCCACCAGCACCUCCUCCGUGUCCUCUGGCGGCGGCACACUCCGCCGGGACGUGCCCCCAAGCCGCAGCCCCGCACAGGGCCAGUGCGCAGGGCCCGGGGCCACGCGGGCUGCCCGGCUCACCCGCAAGAGCCUGUCCUUCUCCAGCCAGGACCUAGCGCGCUACCUUUGUGAGAUCAUCCGCGACGCAGACCAGCAUCCAGAGACGGCUCCCUUCGACUCGCUGCAGGUGUUCUCGACGGAGGGCGGCGGCUCGCCCGCCGGCUCGCUGAGCUCCUUCAGCUCGGCAGGCCUGGAGGAGAGCGCCGCCACGCACGACUCCCUCCGGGAGUGGGGGCCGCGCUUCGAGAAGCUCCGGGCUCUGUACGAGAGGGCAGAGGGCAGCGACCUCUGAAGGGUGAGGAGGGGAACCAUGCCCUGCUUCCACAACAGAACAGUGAGACCUUGGAAAACUUUCUGUCUGAAAAACCUGAGCAUCAGGUUCCUGGAUCCAGAAUCAAAAAGGAUUUUUUUUUUUUUUUUUUCACGUUUAUUUAAGCCGAAAGAGGCCUGCUUCGCUUUCUGUCCGUGUCUGGGAUUGCGAUUUUUUUUACAAAACGUUUCUCCUGAGAACUGAAGGAUACGGAGACAGACUCGGCCUGCCCCGGAUUACCGAUGAGCUGCAAACUGGAGGUGCCAGUCAAAGAAACGAGCAUCUGCACAUGACACUCCAAGCCUGCUGGAAGCCUCUUUGCAACUUGGACGACUCAUGAACAACAGUGAGGGGAACAGGAGCGUUUGCUAACUUUGCGACUUGCACUAGCAGAGUCCCCAUCCCACUCCUACCUAUCAUCCUACCAUCCCGUCUUAUAUAUUUGCGUUCCGUUUUUAAGUAAAAGCAGAAUGUGCUUGGACACCGGCAGUGUGUAGUUUUUCCCCGGCCUUCAGUGCUUUGCUUUUCUGAUCCUUUUGCUGCCUGUGCUGUCAGAGAACCUCGAUGCAUUCAUCGUUCAUCAGUAACACCUACGCGCUCAGUGGCUGUCUUGUUUUAUUUAUUUUUUUAUACAUACCACUCUCCUCAUAAAUUUUACUCCCCUUCAGACCGACAGCAGGAGAAAGAAGUGACUGUGGAAGGGAAGAAAAGAAAAAAAUAAAGGAGAUGCUAGAAACACUAAAAACGAGGGACAGAGCGGCCUUAUUGUUCAGCCUCUCUGGCGAUAUUCGCUAGGAAUAUAAAUCGUGUCCCCUCUCCAGCCAAAAAAAAAGGCACACACUGGUGUGGAAUACAAAUGUGUGCGGGACACGCUGGACUGUGGUGGGGUGCAGACCACUCCAGAGCUGUCCAUUGUUAGGCCCCCUAACACGGCACCAAAACAGGGUGGAGAAAGGAAUCAGGUCCGCUGAAAAUGAAAGGCUAUUUUGUGAGUGGGUGUGGGCAGGGUUGUAUGUAUGCAUGCAUGUCUGAUUGCAUCCCGUGUCUGAUUUCUGUGCUGGAGCUUUCCUGAUUGGUAGGAUCGCAGUCACACGGCUCCACUUUGCUUUGCCUCGCUGCUGACCGCCCCCUCUUGAUUACAUCCUGAACCUCUGGCAACAAACAAUGUGCACCCCAGAGUACAGGUGAGUCCAUCUUGGAGCACUGUAGAAGUUAGUGUACAUCCAUACACCAUCUCGACAUGCACGCCCCAGUCCACCCCUGCACAGGUUGUUUUAACGGAGUCGCAUGGCAGCCACGAGGAGCAGCAUGGUACCAUAAAAAUGCUCACCCAGUGUUCUGUGCAUCCUAGGGUGCCCCCCCCCCCCAUUUUCUCAUUCCCGCCUUUUUUUUUUUCCUUUUUUUCCUUUUUUUGCGAGCACAGGCGCAUGUGGAGCGUGACAGGCCGGCUGUGUCGAGUAGGAGUGCGUUAAAAGACAUCAGAGUGCUAAUCCUAAUGUGAACCGAUCGCUCGCUGUCAUGCUGUGAACCAAAGGAUCAUGGGAGUCGGCAGCAAAAUCGUCACUCUUAUUAUGGAUCUCAAAAGUGCCAAUUUCUCUAAAGGCAGCAACACAAGUAUAAAAUGAGCUUUUCAAGUCGAGAAAACGGUACUGCAGCGUUUGCUAUUUUAUAGACAAGAUAAAAGAUCCACGAGGAUUGGAGUUUGGAUUCAUUCCCGUAACACGAUUGAGAAGGAUACAGAUUUAACGGAGAAAAAGAUGAUAAAUGAGACACACGGAGGGUCUGUUUCAAACCCUAUAGGGAUUCCCAUCAUGCCAGGCAGACAAGUGCCACCUUAAAAUCCAGCUAAUGCUGACUAUUUGUGUGAUGAAUAUAUAGUAUUGCAUAUUGUGAAAUAAUGUUUUUACCUCAUUUGUACAUAUUGAACAAAAGUUAUUGCUUUCGAGACCUCUUUUGGAAAAUAUCAAGAUACCAAGACUCUGCUUAUGUGGUUGAACAUGAGUUUGGGUUUCUGUGAAAAUAUCCUGCUGUUUUGUAUUUGCCUCAUUUGACAUGUUUACUUUUUUCUUUCUCAAUGAAUAAAGUUAUUUACUACUAUUAUGGUUUCAGUGCAUGGAGCAAGUCAUUUGUCCGUAUAGGCUUUAAGAAAAAUAAAAUUUUGAAACGA